AGGUCCUUAUAAAAUGGCCACAUCUCCUUCAAGUUCUUCAGUCCCUUCCAGAUCCGCAUCAACAAGAGAUCCAUCAUGAAGUUUGUGGCUCUAGCUCUAGCUGUUCUGCUGGCUGCAGGUUGCCAGGCACGAUUCCUGCAGGCCGAUGCUCCCUCUCAGUAUGAACACAUUAGAGCUGGAGUGGUGACCUACCUCAACCAGUUUAAGGAUACAGCACAAAAAGCUAUCGACCAUCUUGAUGAUGCUGAGUUCAAGGAUUACAAGGCACGCCUCAACCAGGGCCUGGCCAACAUUGAGACCCUGCUCAACUCUGCCUCUGAAUCCCUUGCCCCAGUCCGUGCUGGGAUAGGACCACAGAUUGUUGAGGGCAUUUCUGGUGUUCGUGAGAGGAUUGCACAUGACCUGGAGGAGCUGCGUAAGGAGCUGGAGCCUAAGCGAGAGGAGCUGCGCCAGGUUGUGAAGAAGCAUCUUGAUGAGUACCGUGAGAAGCUGGAACCUGUGCUGAAGGAGUAUUCCGAGAAGAACCGCAAGCAGGUUGAUGAAUUCAGGGCCAAGUUUGAGCCUGUAAUCAAGGAGCUGCAGGAGAAAAUCAAGGUCAACGUGGAGGAGACCAAGUCCAAACUGACCCCCAUUGUGGAAACCCUUCGCAACAAACUGACCAAGGGCCUUGAAGAGCUGAAGGCCACAUUUGGACCCCAUGCCCAGGAGUACAGAGAGCAGAUUGAAGGUAUCUUUACCGAGCUGCGCCAGAAGUAUGAAACUGGGGAGCUGCAGCAGAAGCUGAAGCAUUUGGGUGAGGAGCUCAGACCCCAGCUGAAUGGUAUCUACAGCACCAUUGAGAAGGCUUUUAGGGAAUAAACACCUUCAUCUGCUGUUUGUUUGCCUACAGUGCAGUAUAACAUGCUUCCUUUAUUCCUUGUUUAUCUUUAUUUCCCUACUUCCUGUGGUCCUCAGUAACAGGACUGUGGGGAACUGUAGGGCCUGCAAUCACACAGGGUCUCAUCAAGACCUGCACUUUCCAUUCAUCACAUGAGUUGAUACACAAACUGGACCUUUUGCUUUCAGUCCUACAACAUGCCAUUCUGUUGAAUCUUCUGAAUCAAGCACAUGCCACAUGUUAAACAUUUUUGUGUAACAUCCAUGAAUGCUUUAUUGUAUGUAUAGCUGUGCUUCAUUGUUGUCAGAAACUGCUGAAAGAAUGGCUCAUUAAAAUAAAAAAAAAUGUUACAAAUA